CGUGUGCGUCGCUUGCGUGUCGAUGCCUAUGUCGGCGGCGCCCCCCGUUUGGCGGCCGCUGCUGCCGCCGGCGCGUACACGCUCAUAGCCAGCCAGAAGAGUCGUUGCGGCGGCGGCGGUAGCAUAGCUUUCAUUCUCCGUAGCAACACGCUAGCCAUCGUCGCGAGGAGCUGGUGAGAAGCGUCGCGAUCGCGUGUCUUUCGGGACAGCACGACUCUCAGAUAGCGCAACGUACGAACUGACUCGAAGAGCGAAGAUCCACACGGCAACAAUGGCCCACCAGCAGGAGCAGCUCGACGCAACAGCUGUCGAGAACUUCCGCGAGUACCUCAGGAUACCCUCGGUCCACCCCAACAUUAACUAUGAUGACUGCGUUAAAUUCUUGGAAAAACAAGCCAAGUCGUUGGACUUGCCGAUCAAAGUUUAUCAUGUGGAUCCUAAAAAACCAAUUGUCGUGUUAACGUGGAAAGGAACUGAUCCUUCUUUACCGACAAUUUUGUUGAAUAGUCAUAUGGAUGUAGUUCCCGUGUUUGCUGACCACUGGACUUAUGCACCAUUCAGCGCUCAUAUGAACGAGCAAGGAAACAUCUAUGCUCGCGGAAGUCAAGACAUGAAAUGUGUUGGCAUUCAAUAUCUGGAGGCCAUUCGGCGAAUUAAAUUGCAAGGUGAAAAGCUCAAAAGAACAAUACACAUUUCUUUCGUACCAGAAGAAGAAGUUGGCGGAGUAUUAGGAAUGAAAGAAUUUGUACAUACCAAAGAUUUUAAAGAAUUGAACGUUGGUUUUGCUUUGGACGAAGGUGUUGCUAAUCCGACUGAAAAUUACUACAUGUUCUAUGGCGAAAGAUCAAUUUGGCAGGUCGAAGUACACUGUCCUGGAAAUCCCGGUCAUGGAUCAAUGCUUCUGGAUAACACUCCUGGAGAGAAAGUUCGAAUUAUCAUCGACAAAUUCAUGGACUUUAGAGCUAAACAAAAGGCUCGACUGGCAGAACUUAAACUCAACUUGGGAAACGUGACGUCCAUCAAUUUGACUAAAAUCAAUGGUGGAGUACAAGCUAAUGUGAUCCCGAACAAUAUUACAGUCAUGUUUGAUUGUCGCAUCGAUCCUGAUACAGACCACGAAGAGUUCGAGACUAUGCUAAAGUCAUGGUGUAAAGAAGCUGGCGAAGGAGUUCACUUUACUUACCAUGAAAAAAAUCCUUUUAUUCCAAAUACUAAGUUGGAUAACGAUAAUCAAUUCUGGUUAGCCUUCAAGAAAUCGUGUGAUAGGCAAAACAUCAACCUUGAAACAGGCAUUUUUCCGGGAGGAACUGAUAGUCGUUUCAUAAGAAGUCUUGGCAUACCAGCUAUUGGUUUUUCACCCAUGAACAAAACCAAAAUCUUACUUCACGAUCAUGAUGAAUAUCUUAACAAAGAUGUUUUCCUCAAUGGAAUCAAAAUCUACAUGGACAUCAUUCCAUCAGUGGCUAAUAUUUAAAUGAUGUAGACAGUAUGUUUAUCCACAGCUUUUAUCUACACUAGUAUACGAAACAAGAAAUUAUAGAUAUGCAUUUUCUUCUUAAAGAAAUAAGCAGUAAUGGUAAGGAGACCUAUUUUUAGAUAUUGAACUGAGAAGAAUUGAUAGUAUUUUAGAUAGCAAUAGUCAUUGGAAUGUGAUAACAGUGCAAUAUGAUGAAUAACAAAUGUGAAUGAAAAAUUAUUGUUUAAAAGUGCAAAAAUGUGUGAUAUAUGCAUAUAUAAAUUAUUCAGAUGUACAAAGUUAUAUAAGAAGCAAAAUAUUGUAUUGCUUGGAAGAAAUUUGAGAUUUAUAUUUACAAGAUCCAAGCAAAUCAUGUUAUUAGUUUUCUAACAUUACAUCACCAAAGUGUUACUUGUUGUAUAGUGAGUUUUAAAGUUCUAAGUGCCUUGUGUUCAGUGCCAAAUAUUUUUUAUUACUCAGAAGUGUUGAAAAAUUGUUUUUACAUACAGAUAUUUAUAAAUAGCCAGAAGACAAGAAUUGCGCAAAGUUUAUGCAACUGUUACCCCGAAAAAAGAAUGUAUUAACGAUGCAAAACUAGAAUAGAUAUUGUUACAAAAUGAGAAUGUCAGAACAAAUAUA